CUCACUUUAUUUAAUAAAGUUGGAAUAUACAUUGCUUAGAAUAAUUUUUUUUAGAAUAAAGAGGCUCUUUUUAGUAUUAUAUAUGAUUGUUAUUCAUACAUAGAGGGUAUGGCAUGGACAUCUUCUUGAGAGGUCCUCCAAAGGUGAAAUCAAUGUGAUUAAAUUUGCUAUAAACAUAUGCUUAUUAAGAUAUGGUUGAAGGAUUAAUGAGCUCUUUUUAUUGACUAUUUUAUAAUUUUAUUUUACUUGGUUUGACUGGCUAUGCAUCCACAGAGGGUACUUAAAAAGUGAAGUCUACGCGGUUAUAAUAAUUUUGUGAAGAUGACUGGAUGAAGUCCACAAACAUACUCAAGGAAAACACAACCAUGUAAAGAAUGGACAACACUGAUGGGAAUGAGAGAGAAGACAAUGUUUCAAAAACUGAUGAUCAUAUUCAUCAAGAUUCUGAUGAAAUUCCAUUGUUAAAUUCCAUUAGAGAAAUGACAGAUGGGCUGCCUAGUCUGUCCAAUGAUGGUAGUAUUUAUAGAGUACCCAAGAGACUCCGUGAAAUGAAUGAAAGCGCUUCACACCUCAGGUGGUUUCCAUCGGCCCAUUUCAUCGUGGCAAAGAACACUUGCAAGCCAUGGAAGAACAUAAAUUGAGAUACUUGCAAUCGUUCUUAAAUCGUACUGGCAUGAUUUUAAAUAAUUGUAUAAGACUGGUGAAGGAGUGGGAAGAGAGAUCCUGGAGUUAUAAUGAAGAAAGAAUUAUGCUUAGAAGUGACGAAUUUGCGAAAAUGAUUCUUUUGGAUGGCAGUUUCAUCAUUGAGGCCAUUUGGAGGUGUAAUUUUUCAUCUAACCGAUCCGACUACUUAAAUUGGAAAAUUUCGGGUGAAUGAUGUGUGCAAAGACAUGAUCAUACUUGAAAAUCAGCUUCCUUUCUUUGUUCUCGAGGGCCUCUUUAACCUAGCCUUCCCUCUCAGUGAGAGACCCCGUUCCUUCCUCAUGCUUUCCAUUUGGUACUUCGUAGAUUCUGCUAUUGUCGGAAACAUCAAACCGUCAUUUCCAAGUUCUGAGGUAAAACAUUUUGUUGAUUUGCAGAGGUUAUGUCACUUACCAUCAUCUCUAAGGUUAUUGCCUCCGGUUAUGGUCAGAUAUGUGCUGAUACACAAUGCAACAGAGCUGAAUGAGGCGGUAAUGAAGUUUAAGAACGGGUCAAGCAAUCGCUUGCUUGACAUAACAUAUGCCAUGGGAGUGCUGGAAAUCCCUCACUUGAUCGUUUUUGACGCGACAGAUUCUCUACUUAGAAACCUCGUGGUAUUCGAGCAAAUUCACUAUCCAUUUGACACUGGUAAAGAUGUGGAUUUACUUGUCCAGAAUGGAAUUCUUGACAACUUCUUAGGCGAUAGCUCUGCAGUGACAGGUCUCUUUAAUAAUCUUUCCAAGGAAGUUAUUAUAUGGGGUGAGAACUAUUAUUUUUAUUGUAUUAGUGAAAAAAUUAAAUGCAUAUUGGAAGGAUCACAAUUGGAAGGCAAUAUUAAACCGUGAUUAUUUCAGCAUUCCAUGGAGAACGGCUUCCAACAUUGCUGCAGUUUUCCUGCUUGUAUUAACAUUAAUACAACUAUAUGUUCUAUAA